UCGAGAAGUUGGAAGAGGAUAAGAAGCGUCGCCUGCAGCUGUACGUGUUCGUAUCAAGAUGUAUAGCUCAUCCUUUCAACGCGAAGCAACCAACAGACAUGACAAGGAGACAUACAAAACUUACACCACAUCAGCUCGAGACUAUCCAAGCUCGAUUCCAGGCGUUCCUCAAAGGUGAAACUCAAAUCUUAGCAGACGAGGCAUUCCAGAACGCGGUACAAUCCUACUACGAUGUGUUCCUCAAAUCAGAACGAGUGGAGCAGAUGGUGAAGUCUGGUGCCUGCUCACAUCACGACUUCCGCGAAGUAUUCAGAAAUAACAUUGAAAAACGAGUCAGGUCUUUACCAGAAAUAGAUGGAUUAAGCAAAGAGACUGUAGUAACGACAUGGCUUGCUAAACUGGAUUGUAUCAUGAAGGGAACUGGUAUACCAGGAGAUGACGAGUCUAAACGACCAUCGAGAGCACAGCAACAAAGUCUGAACGCGGAGUGUAUUCUCAGCAAGGAACAGCUAUACGAUAUGUUCCAGCAAAUAUUAGGAGUUAAGAAGUUUGAACAUCAACUACUCUUUAAUGCUUUACUGUUGGAUUCAGCGGACGAACAAGCUGCAGCUAUCAGAAGAGAACUUGAUGGUAGAAUGCAAAAAGUCAACGAAAUGGAGAAGAAUCGCAAGUUGAUGCCGAAAUUCGUGCUGAAAGAAAUGGAAUCUCUCUAUAUAGAAGAAUUGAAGUCCUCGAUCAAUCUUCUGAUGGCCAAUUUAGAGUCUCUGCCCGUCUCAAAAGGCGGUGCUGACUCUAAAUACGGGCUGCAUAGAAUAAAGCGGUACAAUCACAGAUCGAAUGCUGGACCAGAUCCAAGUCCAAGGUUGAGUAAGCAGCUAUGUUUCAGAUCGCAAGGCUCUCUAGCGAACAAGCUGACUGGUGAGGGCGACGGUGGUGACGUCGACACACAACUCACUAAAAUGGAUGUGGUUCUAACAUUCCAAAUCGAGGUGGUAGUUAUGGAAGUGAAAGGUCUGAAGUCUCUGGCGCCGAACAGGAUCGUCUACUGCACUAUGGAGGUGGAAGGAGGUGACAAACUGCAGACGGACCAAGCUGAGGCCUCGAAACCUAUGUGGGAUACUCAAGGUGACUUUAGCACGACACAGCCUCUGCCAGCUGUGAAAGUGAAGCUGUACACAGAAAACCCAGGAGUUCUAGCUCUCGAGGACAAGGAGUUAGGCAAAGUUGUUCUGAGACCUACACCUCUUUCAAGCAAGGCCCCUGAAUGGCAUCGUAUGACAGUGCCAAAGAACUUACCUGACCAAGAUUUAAGGAUCAAAAUUGCGUGCAGAAUGGACAAGCCUUUGAAUAUGAAACAUUGCGGAUAUCUCCAUGUAAUUGGUAAGAAUGUAUGGCGCAAAUGGAAGCGUCGCUACAUGGUGUUGGUUCAAGUAAGCCAGUACACCUUCGCGCUGUGCUCCUACAAGGACAAGAAGUCUGAGCCAGCGGAAAUGAUGCAACUUGAUGGGUUCACUGUAGAUUAUAUUGAACUUGCCAGUGCUCAACUGAUGGUUGGUCAAGAAUUGGAAGGAGCGAAAUACUUCAUGAACGCGGUCCGUGACGGCGAGUCGGUCUUGAUGGGAGUGAGCGACGAGAAUGAAUGUCACUUGUGGGUGAUGGCACUGUACCGCGCUACUGGACAGAGCCACAAGCCAACACCUCCUACCACCUCGGAUACACAUAUCAAGAUCAUGGGAGAUGCUGAUAAGGCUCGCAAGCAUGGAAUGGAGGAUUACAUCCAAGCGGAUCCCUGCCAAUUCGAUCACCACCAGCUCUUCUGUGUCCUACAGUCGUUGACACUUAAAUAUCGGUUUCAAGACCCUUACUGCUCUUUGGGUUGGUUCUCCCCUGGCCAAGUGUUCGUGCUAGACGAGUACUGCGCUAGAUACGGAGUCCGCGGCUGCUACCGCCAUCUCUGCUACCUCUCGGACCUCCUGGACGUGGCGGAGAGUGGCCAGCAGACUGUGGACCCUACCCUCAUGCAUUACUCCUUCGCGUUCUGCGCCAGCCACGUGCAUGGCAACAGGCCCGACGGCGUGGGCAGCAUCACCGUGCAGGAGAAAGAGAAGUUCGCGGAGAUCAAGGACAGGCUGAAGACCCUCCUGCAGCAUCAGAUCACCAACUUUAGAUACGCGUUCCCGUUCGGAAGACCGGAGGGAGCACUCAAGGCGACUCUAUCGUUACUGGAGCGAGUUCUGAUGAAGGAUGUGGUGACGCCGGUCGCGCCCGAGGAAGUGCGGACAAUGAUCCAGACGAGUCUGGAGAAUGCAGCGCUGCUUAACUACACGCAGCUUAGCCAGAAAGCUAAUAUUGAAGAGGAUCUAAGAGGAGAAACAAUGGUGACACCAGCUAAGAAGUUAGAAGAUCUGAUCCAUCUGGCAGAGUUAUGCGUUGAUCUUCUGCAGCAAAACGAAGAACAUUACGCAGAGGCAUUCGCGUGGUUCUCGGAGCUGCUGGUAGAACAUGCGGAGAUCUUCUGGGCGCUGUUCGGAGUGGACAUGGACCGCGUGCUCUCAGAACAACCUCCAGACACCUGGGACUCCUUCCCUCUCUUCCAGAUAUUGAAUGAUUAUUUGAGAAUUGAUGAUAACCUCAAAGGAGGUAGAUUCCACGAGCACCUACGCGACACCUUCGCCCCCUUGGUGGUGCGCUACGUGGACCUGAUGGAAUCAUCGAUCGCGCAAUCUCUGCACAAAGGAUUCGAAAAGGAGAGAUGGGAAAUCAAAGGUAACGGAUGUUCAACGAGCGAGGAGCUGUUCUGGAAGCUGGACGCGCUGCAGAGCUUCAUCAGGGACCUGCACUGGCCGGAGCCCGACUUCCGCUCGCACCUGGAGCAGCGCCUGAAGCUGAUGGCGUCCGACAUGAUGGAGACCUGCAUCCAGAAGACGGAAGCUUCCUUCCAAUCGUGGCUGAAGAAGAGCGUGACCUUCAUGUCGACGGACUACAUCCUGCCCGCGGAGACGUGUGCGAUGGUAAACGUGGCGCUCGACGCCAAGAACCAGGCGCUGAAGCUCUGCGCGGUCGAGGGCGUCGAUGUCUACCAGUAUCACGCAAAAAUGGAUGCCCAGAUCGAGGCCUGCCUGCUGGCGAUGUCCACGGGGAUGACGACGCGCCUGUCGGCCGUGCUGGAGGCCACGCUCGCCAAGAUCGCCCGCUUCGACGAGGGCAGUUUGAUCGGCUCCAUCCUGACCAUAGCGAAUGUGUCGGGAUCCGGCAAGGACAUCGGCCAGGGCUACGUCAACUUCAUGAGGAACUCGAUGGACCAAAUCAGGUCGAAGGUGACGGACGAGCUGUGGAUCCUGCAGCUGUUCGAGCAGUGGUACGACAUCCAGGUGGACAUGGUGAACACGUGGCUGGCGGAGCGCCCCGCGCUGCACCCGCACCAGGUCGCCUGCCUCUCCAUCAUACUCAAGAAAAUGUACAGCGACUUCGAGCUGCAAGGCGUCAUCGACGACAAGCUGAACUGCAAGAAUUACCAAGCUGUGGCCGCGCGCAUGCACGCCGAGGAGACCACCUGCAGCCUGCUCCUCGCGCAGCAGGACACGGGCGGCGACGACGGUGGGUCUGAAGAAGGAUCUAGAAGUGGAAAGUCUAAAUUGGAAUCUCUCACUGAAGACGCUAAAUUGGGAAACGUCGGCGCUGUCGUUGGAAAGGUUGGCAACAUGUUUGGUCGCGGUAUUGGUGAACUUUCUACCAAACUCGGCGGAGCUUCGUCUUGGUUUUAGCGCUUAAAAAUCAUCUCAUACCAUAUUAUUAUUCAAUGAGAUGAGAUCUCAUAUUUUACUUUAUUUUUGACGCAAUCAUUUUAAUUUCUUCAACGUCAUUUACCAUUUAGGAAUGCUUAAUUCAGUAUUGUUAACCUUACUACUUAAAAUUGUGCCUCACAACAUAAUUCUAAAUUAUCAACUCAUCAACUCCCAGACAAUACGACUCAUAUAAAUUAAUCGCUUUGAUAAUAAAAGCGAAAAAGAAACAAAAAAUAAUUCAAAAAGGAAGUAGCCAUUAACUGGCAACAAAAUGGCGGUAAUAAUCCGAUUUAAUGUAAGUGGCAAACGCAUAGCUUAGUUAAAACUAGUGUUAAAGUCUAGAUUUUAUUUUAUAAUAAUGCUUUAUGUACAGUUAGGGCCACUAUUGGUUUAUCGGAGCAAAAUGAUUGUUAGGUGUGAAUAUUAUAUAGUAUUUGAUAACACAAACGGUUAUAUUACAAAAGUACGAAUUGCAUGAAACACGAUGCUACAAUAAGAAAACAUAUCGCUUUGGCAGAAUAAACGUUAUAUGUUAGUCGAUUAUGUAAAAUGGUAUAUUUAAAAAAAUAUCGACAUAGUAAAUUUAAAAUUGGAAUGUAAGGAACGCAUAUUUUGAAGUUAGAGUUAACUGUAAUGUUUUGUCGCUAUUAUAACCUAUCUUUGAAGCUCACCUUUUUCUUGGCUUAUAAUUAUUUUUAAAAUAUUCUUCUAAUUAUUAACAGUAAUUUAACGUUACAAUCUUGCUGGAUUUGGUUAGUUUAAAAUUUAACCUCUUGCCCCGCCUAUAAAAUAAUAAUAGCACGUAGUUCCAACAGUGUAAUAAUGUAUGCAAAGUUUGUCUAUUUUAAAAAGCAAUAUUUUUCUAAUCUCGUGUCAAGUUUUAAUCAGUAAAUAGCUAUUUAACUCUUCAAUAAAAUUGUAAAAGCAUGUUUAUAAAAUAUAAAUCAAUGGCGCCAACGCCGUACAUUGUCAGUGUUACCAUAAGCAAAGACAAAAAAAUUACCGCAAUUAAAAGAUCUUAUAAACAUGCAUAGUUUUAAAAUUAGACACUGUUUUGCCGUAGUAUAAUACUAUCUUUAAAACUCUUUAGAUCGACACUUUAACUUGAAUUAGUCAAAAUAAUAUGACUAUAAUUAUUAUGAAAUACUUACUCCUAUAAUUAUCUUUAUUAAAAAAAUAUUCUUCUACGCUAAUUACAUUACAAAUUUUUAAACAACUAGAACAAAUUUAAAAUUCUUAGAUAAAAGUUUAAAUUAGUGGUUACUAAGCGCUAAUUCGCCUUAUAAUGGUACUGUUAAAAAUCUUCACAAAUAUCAACUUCAUUCUAUAAGUUCUCUCGUGUUUUUAUUUUUUUUUUCAAUAUUGCAUGAUUACUUUCACGGGAAAUUUUUAUGGUCACAAUUUUUAAUCAUCAUACUAUUCUUGCUACACCAUGAGCUUAAAUUGCAAUAAAAAUUACUAAAAGGUUAUUCACAAAUCAAAGUUUCUCUUAAAAAUUUAUAAAGUAUACUUCUAUAUUACGUAAAUUUAUAACGUUAAUUCUUAAUUUAAAUUAAAAAAAUCCAAAUAUCACUUACAAUGUUAUCCUUUCUUAGACUACUUAUUGCAUGUUGCCAUGGAAAAAUCCUAAAAAUUUUAUUCUUGUCAUUGUUACCUCUUUUAUGUUAUUAGUGUUGUAUUUUUUUUGCACAUCUCAUUUACAUUGGCGGGGAUAUUGCUGGAAAAUGAUAGUCAACUAGAAUGUAAGUGCAUAAUAUAGCCGACUGAAGUGCCAUUGUGCAUAUUGCUUAAGGUUUUGCCGAGAUUUCGGGAAAUUCGCGAUGGUUAUAAACUCAUGGUAACAUAAUAUUGGAAUAAUAAACUGGUUUUAUUAGAGCCAUAUUGUAAAAACCAUCGCGAAUAUCUAAUGCUUUGGUAAUGAGUGCAUCGCGAAUGUAAGGGGAAAUAAAAGAAUAUUUACAAUAAAACGUUUACUGUUCA